CAAACCACAAAUCUCCCUCCCCGCCCACUACCAAACUCUCCUCUCUCCUCCUCCACCAUCACCAUCGACAUCAGCACCCUCAAUCACUGAGCCCGUCGCCAUCGCUUCUACGCCGUCGCCGGCACACAUAGUCCAUCAUCAUGGGCCUCCUCCAGAAGAUGGCGUGGUCCAAGAGCACCCGCAUCAAGGUCAUGAUUGCCCUUGACACGGCCUUCUUCAUCCUCGAGCUCACCACCGGUUUCCUCGCCCACUCGCUGGCUCUGAUGGCUGAUGCCUUCCACAUGCUCAAUGAUAUCAUCUCCCUGAUCAUCGGUCUCUGGGCUGUGUCGGCCGCGCAAAAGGCCACCACCGACGAGUUCACCUUUGGUUGGGUGCGCGCAGAGAUUCUCGGUGCCUUCUUCAACGCCGUCUUCCUCAUCGCCCUCUGCGUCUCCAUCAUCCUCGAGGCCCUGACCCGAUUCAUCGAGCCCCCGGAGAUCAACAACCCCCAGCUGAUGCUUAUUGUCGGUUCCGCUGGCCUCUUCUCCAACCUCGUCGGAUUCUUUGUCCUCGGCGGCCAUGGUCACGGCCACGGUCACUCCCACGACGACCAUGACCACGACGACCACGAUCACGCCCACGGCCAUUCACACAACCACGCACACGAUGAGGAGGAGGGUCGCGCCGGUCUACAUUCCCACGAGUCGCCCUCCGAGGAAACGCGCCGCAUCCGCUUCGAGGACCACCGUCACACCAGGGACGAGUCUAGUACUGCCGCCAGCCGUCUUUCCCGAGGUCGCGAUAAGCGCCGCUCCAGCAAGAGCGGACACUCCCGUCUGGCCAGCAUCGAGGACAUGAGCAUCCACCCUGCCAGUUUCCGCCAAGAUAUCAUCGCCGCGAGCAUGGCAACCCCUGGUGAUUCAACCAGCGAGAGCGAGUCCGAAUUUGAUGCUACUUUCAUCGCCGAAGAGGAUGAGGCGAAUGAAGAGUCGCCACUGCUCCAGGGCGUUAAGAAGGGUGGCAGCUCUCUCGGUGCCCACAAACAGCCGGCUCACUCGCACCCAACCAUCCGCCGUCCACGACGUGACUCGAGUGUGCACGAUGGCCACAACCACACGCUGCCCCAGAAGCCCGGCAAGAAGGGUGGUCACAACCACGACGAUAUGGGUAUGAACGCCAUGGUCCUGCACGUCAUCGGUGAUGCUUUGGGAAACAUUGGUGUCAUGGCCACGGCUCUCAUCAUCUGGCUCACCAACUGGCCCGGCAAGCUCUAUGCCGAUCCCGCCGUCUCGCUCUUCAUUACCGCCAUUAUUCUCAAGACGUCGAUUCCUCUUACCCGUGCAACCGCUCGCGUUCUGCUCCAGGCAACCCCCGAACAUGUCAGCAUCCAAGACAUUCGACAGGACAUUGAGCGACUCCCAUGCGUCAUCACCUGCCACCACAUCCACGUUUGGCAGCUUUCCGACACCAAGCUCGUUGCUAGCAUGCACAUCCAGGUUUCCUUCCCUAUCGACUCGCAUAGUGGCGAGAAGUAUAUGGAGUUGGCUCGCCGGGCCCGCAAGUGCCUCCAUGCCUACGGUAUCCACAGCGCCACCAUUCAGCCUGAGUUCUGCCUUGACCAGAAGCAUAUGCAAGCCGAAGAAGCCGCUGCUCUCGCCCUCGACGGAGGUGGCGACGGAAACAAGAACGAAGUCUGUCUCCUGGAAUGCAUCGAGGACUGCCAGGGCCAAGGCUGCUGCACCAACGUCGAGGCCUCAUCCAGAGGCUCGUCGACACGUCGUGCCAGCGACUCGUCACAAGGUGCGAACAGUGCCAAUGGACACCAGCAUGAACACGAGCAUGGACACGAUCAUGAGCAUGAUCAUUAGAACUUGGUCCCCCUCUGGAACGACUGGUCGCAUACUGGUGGACAUUCUAGACUCUAGAGGUAUCCCAAUAGGCACUCACAUAUCCUUGACUGAGUGUCAGGGGCCAUGAGAUAGAUAUUACCUCCCUUCCUCCUUACCGGGCAACUUUUCUAAUUAAAAGGGCUGGCGUUUGUGUUUCGGUUGUUUUCUCUGAGGCUGCCAAUUUGGGCAUGCGUUGAGCACACGGUUAUGUUGCUCACAGAAGGGUUAUAGUGUACGAUAGAUGCGCUACACAGUACAACGAGUGUUUCUUUUGUCUUGAAUAAUGUAUGUCUUACU